AUGCAACCCCAGUUCUACAACAUCGUCAACGACGAGCUGCGCAGCAGCAAAGAGACGCACCGGGUAACCGACCCGCGAACAGAAGAAGAGCUCUGGGAAUGCCCCGUCGCAACCGCCGAAGACUUCGAAGAUGCCGUCACCGCGGCACAACAAGCCUUCACCAAGUGGUCGCAGACCACCGUCCCCGAGCGCCAAGCCCUCCUCAUCCAACUGGCCGACAUCCUCCGCGCCAACGCCUCCGAGCUCGCCAGCAUCCUCAUGAAAGAAACCGGCAAGUCCAAGAUCCUCGCCGACAUCGACGUGCAGGCCAGCGUCGCCCAGUGCCUGUACUACUCCCAAACGGCGCUCCAAGACGAAGUGCAGCACGAGGACACGCACUCCCGCGUCGUGGCUACGCACAUCCCCCUCGGCACCGUCGCCGCCAUCUGCCCGUGGAACUUCCCGCUGAUCCUGUCCAACAUCAAGGUGGUCUCGGCGCUGGUGACGGGAAACUGCGUCAUCGUGAAGCCGUCGCCCAGCACGCCGUACGCGGUGAUGCGGUGGGUGGAGCUCAGUCGCGGGGUGCUCCCGCCGGGCGUCUUUCAGGUGCUGAAUGGGGGGGCGGAGCUGGGGGCUGCGAUGACGGCGCACCCGGGGAUUGCGAAGAUCAGUUUUACGGGUACGAUUGCGGUGGGGAAGAAGGUGAUGGCGGCGUGUGCGAAGACGCUGAAGAAGGUUACGCUGGAGCUGGCGGGGAAUGAUGCGUGUAUUGUGUGUGAUGAUGCGGAUCUGGAUGUUGCGGUGCCGGCUGUUGCGAGUGGGGGGUUCUUCAACGCCGGCCAGGUGUGUGUCGCGAGUAAGCGGAUCUAUGUGCAUGAGAGUAUCUAUGAUGAGUUUUUGGACAGGUUGGUGGAGGUGGUGGAAAAGCAAUUUGCGAUUCAGGAGGACGGGCUUGCGCCGAGUGUGUUUGGGCCGGUGGAUAACCGCGUUCAGUAUGAGGUCGUGAAGGGGAUUAUUGAGGAUUGUAGGAAUAAGGGGUACAAGAUUGUCACGGGCGGCAAGACGGAGGAGGUCAAGGGGAAAGGGUUCUGGUUGCCGCCGACAAUUGUGUCGAGGCCGCCGGAGGAGUCGUUGCUGGUGCAGGAAGAGCAGUUCGGCCCCGUCCUACCCAUCCUCUCCUGGUCUGAUGAAGACGAUGUCAUCAAGCGGUCCAACCUCGCCAACGCCGGGUUGGGGGCGUCAGUCUACUCAUCGGACUUAGCGCGAGCUGAGCGUAUCGCGCGCCGGCUUGAGGCGGGCGGCGUCUGGAUUAACCAGUUUGAGCGGCCCAACUUUGGCGCCUACUUCUCGGGCAUCAAGGACAGCGGGUUCGGAGGGGAGAUGGGCAAGCAGGGCUUGCUGUCGUAUGCCUACACCAAGUGUUUGCACUUUCCCAAGUGA